UUUUCAGGACUUGCAAAACACAAAUUUUACACUGAUGCCAAGAGAGUAAAUUUAUUUGCACAUUCUGAUACCACUUCGAGACGCCAUUUCAUUUCUUGUGCUAUUCGUAAAAUUGUAAAUUUCAAUCAAUCUCUCUUGAAGACGCUGUGAGAAGAGAACCAAUCGAAGCUCCACAGCUUCGUCCAUUCACGUUUCCAGUCCCAGAAGUCGCCGCCUCAAUCUUCUGAUUAUCCUUGAUUUUUUUUUUUUCAAUCUCUGCGGCGAUCUUCAGUCUCCUCUUUGAAUCGAUCGGUGUCCUUUGCUUCCAUCCACUAGGAAGAAGAGGACAGUUCCUGCGCUUGUACAUCGUUCUUUGUUCAUCCUUGAAGUUGAUACUUUGCUCCACAAGCUCGCCAACGUCUAGCUGGUGUGUUGUUGAGGAUGAUAACUUGAUUCUAUCUGUAUAUGGAUAUUCGGAAUAACAUCAACCAAUAUAUCAGCUGUAAAUUGAAAUCAAACGUUGUAAGUUAAGAAGAAAUCCUGAAUCCGUACUCACUGUGCAAAUCCUUCAAUUCAGAAACCAACGUCAGGAUAAGUUGGAUGAUUGAAUGUGAAAUGUGAAGAUCUAUGAUGUUGUGACAAACUGAACUGCGUAGCAUACCUGAAAAUAACGCUGAGAUAUCAGUGAUUGUUUGCUAAUUCGUUCUUUCAGAAUAAGAAGUGAUGGAAUUAGCUCAGUUAGAGGCAUUGUGUGAAAGACUUUACAAUUCUCAAGACUCAGUGGAGCGAGCCCAUGCUGAAAACACUCUGAAAUGCUUCUCCAUGAAUACUGAUUACAUUUCCCAAUGCCAAUACAUUCUCGACCAUGCAUUGACUCCUUAUGCAUUGAUGCUUGCGAGUUCCAGUUUGUUGAAACAAGUCACCGAUCAUAGCCUAGCUCUGCAACUCCGUUUAGACAUUCGAGGCUAUCUUAUUAACUAUUUGGCCACCAGAGGGCCUGAUUUGCAGCCUUUUGUCAGUGCAUCUUUAAUUCAGCUACUAUGCCGACUCACAAAGUUCGGUUGGUUUGACGAUGACCGAUUUCGAGACAUUGUUAAAGAAUCUACAAACUUCCUGGGGCAGGCAACAUCAGAACAUUAUGCCAUUGGUUUGAAGAUAUUGAACCAACUUGUAUCUGAGAUGAAUCAGCCUAAUCAAGGAUUCCCUUCAACAAAUCAUCGGAGAGUGGCUUGUUCCUUCAGGGACCAAGCGUUGUUCCAAAUCUUCCAAAUAUCUUUAACAUCCUUAUGUCAGUUGAAGAACGAUGUAGCUGGUCGUUUGCAAGAAUUAGCACUUUCUCUGUCGCUUAAGUGUUUAUCUUUUGAUUUUGUUGGGACCUCCAUUGAUGAAAGCUCAGAAGAGUUUGGUACUGUUCAGAUUCCAUCUUCUUGGAAGCCAGUUUUGGAGGACCCUUCGACCCUACAGAUAUUCUUUGAUUACUAUGCCAUUACCAAAGCGCCUCUUUCCAAGGAGGCACUGGAAUGCUUGGUGCGACUAGCUUCUGUAAGACGUUCUUUGUUUACUAAUGAUGCUGCUCGUUCAAAAUUUUUGGCUCAUCUGAUGACAGGAACUAAAGAAAUCCUACAAACUGGGCAAGGUCUGGUUGAUCAUGAUAAUUACCAUGAGUAUUGUCGUCUUCUUGGACGUUUUAGAGUGAAUUAUCAGCUAUCUGAGCUUGUCAAUGUGGAGGGCUAUAGUGAUUGGAUACGUUUAGUGGCAGAGUUUACUUUGAAGUCCUUGCAUUCUUGGCAGUGGGCUAGCAGCAGCGUUUACUAUCUCUUAGGUCUAUGGUCCAGAUUGGUAGCAUCUGUUCCAUAUUUGAAAGGCGAUGCUCCGAGUUUGUUGGAUGAGUUUGUGCCUAAAAUAACUGAAGGUUUCAUCACAUCAAGGUUGAAUUCUGUGCAGGCUGGAUUACAGGAUGAUCUUUCUGAGAAUCCAUUAGACAAUGUCGAAGUCUUACAGGAUCAACUGGAUUGCUUUCCAUACCUCUGCAGAUUUCAGUAUGAAACCAGUAGUUUGUGCAUCAUAAAUAUCAUGGAGCCCACAUUACGAACAUACACGGAAAGAGCUCGGCUUCAAGGUAGUGAUAACAGUGAACUUUCUGUUAUUGAAGGCAAACUUGCAUGGGUUGUUCAUAUUAUAGCUGCUAUCGUUAAAAUAAAACAAUGCACUGGUUGUAGUGUGGAAUCGCAGGAAGUUCUUGAUGCUGAACUGUCAGCUCGUGUGUUGCAAUUGAUAAAUAUUACAGACAAUGGUCUACAUAGCCAGAGGUACAGUGAAGCAAGCAAGCAAAGACUUGAUCGAGCUAUUCUUACCUUCUUCCAGAAUUUCCGUAAGUCUUAUGUGGGUGAUCAGGCAAUGCAUUCCUCCAAGCAGUUAUAUGCGCGGUUGUCUGAACUCCUUGGACUUAAUGAUCAUCUUCAACUACUGAAUGUGAUUGUCAGCAAGAUUGCAACAAAUCUCAAGUGUUACACUGAGAGUGAGGAGGUCAUUGAUCACACCUUGAGUUUGUUUCUGGAGCUGGCAUCUGGAUAUAUGACAGGGAAGCUGCUUUUGAAAUUGGAUACUGUUAAAUUCAUUGUUGCAAAUCAUACGAGGGAGCAGUUUCCUUUCUUGGAAGAAUACAGAUGUUCACGCAGUAGGACAACCUUCUACUACACGAUUGGCUGGCUAAUUUUUAUGGAGGAAAGCCCUGUUAAAUUUAAAUCCUCAAUGGAACCACUGUUGCAGGUCUUUAUCAAAUUGGAAUCAACUCCUGACUCGAUGUUUCGUACGGAUGCGGUAAAAUAUGCACUUAUUGGGUUGAUGAGAGAUCUCCGAGGGAUUGCUAUGGCCACAAAUAGUCGCAGAACGUAUGGGCUUCUAUUUGAUUGGUUGUACCCUGCACAUAUGCUUCUCCUCUUGAAAGGCAUUUCUCAGUGGACGGACACACCAGAGGUAACGACCCCAUUAUUAAAAUUCAUGGCUGAGUUUGUGUUAAACAAGGCACAACGCUUGACUUUUGACUCAUCUUCUCCCAAUGGCAUACUUCUUUUCCGAGAAGUCAGCAAACUAAUUGUUGCUUAUGGAUCAAGGAUUUUAUCUCUCCCAAACUCAGCUGAUAUAUAUGCCUUCAAAUACAAGGGAAUAUGGAUUUCAUUGACUAUUUUAACUAGAGCUCUUGCUGGAAACUAUGUCAACUUCGGGGUUUUUGAACUCUAUGGUGACCGAGCACUUUCUGAUGCACUGGAUAUUGCUUUAAAGAUGACACUGUCAAUUCCUUUGGCUGACAUAUUGGCAUUUCGAAAGCUGACCAGGGCCUAUUUUGCUUUUCUGGAGGUUAUGUUCAGCAGUCAUAUUGUUUUUAUUCUAAAUCUUGACAAAAACACGUUCAUGCAUCUAGCUGGUUCUCUUGAAUCCGGCCUGAAAGGACUGGAUACAAAUAUCUCAUCUCAGUGUGCGUCAGCUGUUGAUAACUUGGCAGCUUUCUAUUUCAACAACAUCACUAUGGGAGAGGCCCCAUCUUCACCUGCUGCUAUUAAUCUCUCUCGCCACAUUGUAGAUUGUCCCACUUUGUUUCCAGAAAUUUUAAAGACCCUUUUUGAGAUCCUUUUAUUUGAGGAUUGUGGUAACCAAUGGAGUCUUAGCAGACCAAUGCUGAGCUUGAUACUCAUAAGUGAACAGAUGUUUACCGAUUUGAAGACCCAGAUCAUGGCUUCUCAGGCCGCGGAUCAACACCCUCGCCUUUCCAUCUGUUUCGAAAAACUAAUGGCAGAUGUAACGCGAAGUUUGGAUUCAAAGAACAGGGACAAGUUCACUCAAAACCUGACUGUGUUUAGGCAUGAAUUUCGUGUUAAAUAGUUUUGAUUCCAUGUGAUGAGAUUUGACGAUGAAUUACGCUCAUGACAUUCAUUCACUUGGGGGUAGGGAAAGAUGAUAAGAAAACAAAAAGAAAAGUAUAGAGAUGAAAAAGAAGAACAAGUUCUGUCGGCUGAUUGGCAUAUACCCUGAAUCAAAUGAUCAGAGCGCUUUUUCAUAGUAGUAACGUCGAUAUUGGUAGAAGACCCAGAAGCGAAGCAGAUUACUUAGAACUGCACAGGUCUCCAUAGUGAGAAAAGGUAUGUUUUGUGUCCCCCAAUUAUGAUUCGUCUUUUAUGUUUGUGCUUAAUAAGGUUGGUAUUGGAACAAUUAGAGAGCUGAAAUGGUAGUAAGGUCUGGAUAUCUGAAAAGGGUGGUUUGGUAUUUUGUUCUGUUAAGUAGAUGCUUAUAUUAGAUCAAUUCUUUUUAGACGACAACAGUUUUUCAGGUGUCUUAGGGGGUGAUGUAAUGUACAAUAAUGUCUACAUAUUCUUUAUACCUUGUUGAUAAUAGAAGAAAAGCAGAUUUGUUUUGUUUUUUCUU